AAUUUAUCCACAGCUCAGUGCGCUACAUUGAAAUGUCGAAUACUCAUUUACAGAGUGUGGACGAUGAAACGUUUCAGGGACUUAGGUAAACUUUAAAAUUAAUCGACAACGAAUUACAGGAUAUAUCGGAAAGGAGUUUUAGCACGAUGACCCAUAGUUUAAUGACGCUGGAUAUAUCGGGGAACAAAAUGCAACAAAUACCAUAUGAGGCAUUACAAAAACUACACUCACUCACCAGGCUGGUGGCACAAAGAAAUCACAUAACUUCCUUGGAUGUCAAUUGGGAGGCUCAGUACGAUACUCUGCGUUCUCUGCAUUUAGCUGGUAAUGAUAUCACCGAAGUCUCACCAACCUCGCUUCACGAAUCCACAAGCGGUCUUAAUCAUCCCUCCUCGGCAGCCAUACAAACCAUAACGAGAGAUGAAAAUCUCAAGGGAUCACAUAUAACCUCUAAUACAAUACCCGGCAUGGGUCACUUAGGCAGCAGCCAUCUAGCGGGAAAACCCUUCAAUCGUUUACAAAAACUCCUCUGGCUAGAUUUGUCGAACAAUAGAAUCUAUCACAUUACCCCGAAUUUUCUACCCAGAAGUCUGAUAACUAUAGAUUUAUCGGGAAAUCUAUUGGCCACAUUUCCCCAUCAACUGUUCGAACAUUUAUACGACUUACGUAUUAUAUCUUUGAGAGAUAAUCUCUUGCGCAGUGUACAAAAUAAGGAGCUAAGGCAAGUGCGCAUGCAUUUAGAGAAAUUGGAUAUGGGUCAGAACUUAAUAGAUGUCUUGGAUACGGAUUGUUUUCAAACCAAUUACUCGGAUGUACAUAUAAGGGCAUUGAAUUUGGAAAAGAAUUAUAUUAGAGAAUUACCGCCAACCGUAUUUAAGGAGAUAGGCAUAGUGCAUCUGGUAUUGGCCUUUAAUGUUAUCGAACGUAUACACAUGCAAGCCUUUGAGGGUAUAGAGGACAGUUUAGAGUAUUUGGAUUUGGAAAGGAAUUAUUUGAAUUCAGUGCCGGGAGCUUUAAGAAAAUUGAAUAAGUUGAAGUAUUUAUAUCUAACUUCCAAUAAUAUUUGUCAAUUACAAAAUCUACCAGAGAAUACGGAUCACUUGAGAGUGUUGUCUUUAUCGGGCAAUAAUUUUACCAUGAUUCCUGUAGUGGGUUUAAAGAAUUACACCAAUCUGUCUUAUUUGAAUAUGGGUUACAAUUCCAUAACGGAUAUACCCGAGGGCAUAUUUUUGGUGGAUGGCUGGGGCUCUAAUCUGCAGACUAUAUUAUUAAGGAAUAAUAAGAUUACUCAUUUGCAUUUGGGCUCCUUUGCAGGAUUGGAUCAGAUACAGGAAAUAUCUUUAAGUUUCAAUGACAUUAAUAUCCACCAUCCCAUGGUUUUUGAGAAUGUCUCGAAAUCUUUGAAAAUAUUGGAAUUAUCUUUUGCGGUGUUUCCAGCGCGCAGUAUGGAAUCCAUAGAUCCUUUAGAUGCUUUAUAUCCUUUGUCACAACUUAUGUGGUUGGGUUUGGACAACAAUAAUCUUAAGACUCUAAAUAAUGAAUCAUUUUCGAAUAUGAGAGAGCUUUCCUAUAUCAAUUUGGGUUUUAACCAGUUGAAAUCUUUGCCCAAAGGUUUAUUCAUACCAGAUGUACAUUCUCAUUUGGUGGAAAUAGAUUUGGGCUAUAAUUCUUUGGAACGCAUAGCAGCUCGAACAUUUUAUAAUUUGGGUGAUUUGCAAACUCUCAACUUACAAUCGAAUAAAAUUAAAAUCAUAGAGAAAGAUGCCUUUUACAAUUUGGAAUUUCUAAGAUAUAUCGAUCUUUCCUUUAAUAAAAUAUCCAACAUAUCGCAUCAGGCCUUUACCAUAUUACCCAAUUUGGCUUCUUUGGAUUUAAUGUUUAAUAAUCUGUGUUCCUUCUCCCUGAAAUCGUUUCAUUUUGUGUCCAACACCACUACACCUUUAAAGCUGAAUUUAACCUAUAAUCGUAUAGCCUAUUUUGAGGAUAUAUUGACGUCUUAUAUGUAUAUCUAUCAUCUGGAUAUGAGCAAUAAUUUAAUCUCACGCACCGAUAGUUUUACCAAUUUGGCCAAUACCUUAAGAUUCCUGAACUUGGCCAACAAUGAUAUACAAUCUUUAGCCAAUCAUGCUUUUGGUGAUUUGGAAUUUUUGGAAAUUCUCAAUCUAGCAAAUAAUAACAUUACUUCCUUGCGCCGCCGAAGUUUCCAGGGUUUGAAUUCUUUGCAAGAAUUGGAUUUAAGUUUUAAUAAAUUGGAUCAACUGCAAGUGGAACAGUUUUCAAAUCUGCGCAAAUUAAGGAUAUUAAAGAUAAAUGCCAAUAAACUCAAAGCCUUGCCAAGGGAAGUGUUCAUGAAUACCCGCCUUGAAUACUUAGAUAUUUCCGACAACCAGUUGACCGUUUGGCCAGUGCCUGCUUUUUCCGAUGUGGGCUUUACUUUGCGCAGCAUACAAAUGUCCUCCAAUAUGCUGGAAUAUUUGGAUUCCAGUAUGUUUAUCAAUUCCCAAUUUCUCUAUGACAUCAAUUUGAGUAACAACAAAAUCACCGUCUUACCCGACAAUACCUUCAGUUUUCUCAACAAUCUUACCAAUCUAGAUCUAUCCGCAAAUCCCCUAGUCACCACCAAUCUAAAAGAAAUAUUUCUGCAUACACCCCGUCUACGUCGCCUUAAAAUCUACAAUAUGGGUCUUUAUAUACUACCACAACUUAACUUGCCACUACUCUCAUAUCUAGAUGUCAGCGGUAAUUAUCUUCAAGAACUUUCCUCUCUACACGAAAUGCGCCAAUUAAGAUUUGUUAACAUCUCUCACAAUAAAAUCGUUAAUGCUUCCUGUGCUGUAGAACAUUUACCCAAUUCGGUGAGAGUUCUGGACUUAGCCCACAAUCCUUUAAGAAGAAUCUCCAUACACGAUAUGGCCACUUUGAGACACUUAUCCGAUCUCAAUCUACUAGAUGUAAAAAUCAUCAAUCCUUUAGCCUUUAGUAAACUGAAAUCCUUAAGGAAACUAACACUAACAGCUCACUCUAAUUUAGCUGAUAUAGUCUCUCGCAUCCCAGGACUACAAGAACUACGACUACACUGCCUGGACUCGAAUAUAGGUCCUCAACUAUUUCAAAAACUCGCCAAUAACACCAAACUUCAACUGGUUGAACUGUACGGCAUGAAUGUUCAGACCAUAUCACCCGAUGCUCUAGAGGGUUUGGCGCGCAACCAAAAACUACAAGUGAAAAUAUCUCAUACUAAAAUCUCCGAUCUGCCUCCGGGUAUUUUCUAUACACUAAGAUCAGUGCCUCAUUUAUCUAUAGAUAUUUCUCAUAAUAAAAUCAAUGCCUUGGCGGCGGAUAGUUUCUAUCCCAAUAAAACCUAUUGGGAUACAGUGGGUACACGCAGCAUUAUGGGCGGUUUGGAUACAUCACACAAUCCUUUGGAGUGUGAAUGCGGUCUGGUGUGGUUCGGUCAUUGGCUGAGACGAUGGCUGCGUGAAUCGGCUCAGAUAAAGGUCAUACAGAAGGAUGACAUGAAGAAAAUGGUGCAGCUUCCCCUAAGUUCAACUGAUUUACGCAGAGCACGUGCCAAUACCUGCCAUGAUCCCACCACUGGCAAACAAUUACCCAUAUUGGAGAUCUUUCCCGAAGACUUACUAUGUCAAGCCAGUGCUUUAAGUAGUUCCAGUGAAAAGCUCUUUCUGAUAUCGUUUGUGGUAAUUAUAGUGCCGUUAUUUGGUAUGACACUUUGAUAAUCUUAAAAUUAUUGGAAAAAGUAUUAUAAAUAGAGCUUUAAGUUGAGAAAAAAACUAAAGAACAAAAAGCUUUUCUUUUAAGAGAACUAUUAAAGUGUAAAUUAAACUAAAGGGAAAGUUGUAAGAAAUUCAUAUAAAGUUCAGAAGGAAACCUAAGAUUUUAAGUGAAAACCCCAAUGUAUUUAUUGUAAAAAUUAGUUUAACAGAGAAGGGAAACCAAUGCUACAGUGUACAGUUUAUAAAAUUUAAAACAAAAUUAAAUGAAAAAUUGUUAAAGUUUUAUACCCCCAAUUAAAUAAUAAGUAAAGUUACACACGAUAUUAUUUAUAAUAAAAUUAAGUAAUGUUAUUGCCAUUUAAGGAAUUUAUUUCAUAAGUAAAUUAAAUUAUUAUGAUUAUUAUUAAAAAUAAUAAUAAUAAUACCUAAAAAUUUAAUUAUAGAAAUAAUAGUAAAAUUAUUAUUGCAACAGUAAUAAAAAGGGCCAUUGAUUCCUAAAAUACUUAUUGUAUUGUAAAACAAUAUACAUUUAAAUAUAUAUAAAUAUAAUUAAAUAUAUUAUUGUAAUAACUACACACUUAAAUAUAAUUAAAAGUAAUUAGUUUAUAAAUAAUUAUAAAAAUUUAGUUAUCAAAAAAUGAAUAAAACAAGAAAUUAGCCAAGCAUACAAUAAUAACAACAGCAACAAUAUAUUUAGAUUUAAAUAACAACAAAUUACAAUUUGCAAGAAAUAUAUUUAACAAUAAUAAAAAACAACAACAAGAUAACUAUUAUUAAACAAAGUAAACUACAGUUUUCAAAUUUAAAUAUAUCGAGAGAAAAACUAUAUUUUUGCUGGUCACAGCACUAAUUCUUUCAGAAUGAUUGCUGUCAGCUAGACUAUAGUGUGUUUUUGUGCAGAAAAAGUUAAUUAAAGUGCAAUAAGU